AUGACUUCUAAGGACGCUGCAGACACGCUUGAGGCAUCGCAGUAUAUUGAAGAUUCCUCAAGUAAUAUCAUUGGAAAGGAGCAGACUCAGGAAGAAGUGCACGUCGAGAAUGUCGCCACUGACUAUGACCUCAAUCUUCACUAUGAUGAGGUGGAUGAAGAGCCUGAGCUGCAUAUGCGGACCUACAUUGCCAUUGCUGCUAUUUGGCUCAUGAAUCUGGCCCAGACCAUCGCUAUCCAGGGUCCUCCAGCGGUGAUCACCUACAUUGGACGCGAUCUCAACAAUACUGCUGCAGAAGCCUGGGUACCGAAUGCUUGCACGUUGGUGCAGACAGUCCUGGCACCCAUCCUGUGCUCGGCGGCCGACUUAUUCCAAGCCCGCAAAUCUCUACUAAUUGGAACUGGUAUCGUCUCAUUUAUUGGCUGUGCCGUCGCUCCUGGUUCUCACAACAUCAACCGUCUCAUUGCCGCCCAAGCUCUGAUCGGAGUUGGCCCUGCAUCAGCGCCUCUUGUCUAUGUUGUGCCUAGUGAGGUAGUGCCCCGAAAGUGGCGACCAGUGACUCAAGCAGGAAUCAACGUUGCAUCCAUUAUCGCGGCCUGUUCCGGUCCCGUUGCACUGGGAGGAUUCACGAGGUUGGACGAGAAGAGAGGCUGGACAAAUUUUUGGUGGUUGCAAAUGGGUCUCUGGGGAUUGUCAAUUCUUGGAAUCUUCUUUGGCUAUAAGCCACCAAAGCGACACUCCCGAUACGACCACCUCUCGUUCUUGCAGAAGGUACUCAAACUUGACCUCGCCGGUUCCUUCCUGCUAGCUUCCGGCCUCUCCCUGUUUUUGGUUGGUCUCAAUCUGGGGGGCAACUUGUACAGCUGGAAGAACGCAAGAACCCUGUGCACUCUCGUGAUCGGACUCGUGAUUUUGGUCGUCUUUGUCCUAUUUGAAUGGAAAGGAACAAAAGUUCCUCUAGUCGAUCACCGUCUAUUUGAAGGAGGGAAGAGCAAGGGUCGGACUUUCGCUCUUUGUAUGGUUCUCAUUUGCAUCGAAGGCAUUAUGCUCUUCGCAGUUGCCGUUUUCUACAACGUCCAGUCUGCAGUUAUCUACGCCACAGAUCCAUUAAAGGUUGUAGCACGAGUCGUACCCUAUCCUUUGAUGGCAUGUGUUGGCACUUUUGUCUUUGGGUUCUGGUCAACGAAGCUCCGGACCAUACGCUCACCGAUGGCGGCAUCCUUUUUCGUCUGGACCGGAGGACUUGUUGGCCUUGCUACACUCCAACCUUCUGAUGGCCUGCGUCAGAUCAUAUUUGUCAGCGUCGCAGGUCUCGGAUUUGGUGGGCCAAUUAUUUUGAUCAUUGCGGGAGUUCAACUCGCUGUCCCUCACAAGCUCAUUGGCACCUCUUCAGCUUUGCCAACAUCUGCUCGAGCACUUGCUGCAACAGUAUUCACAGCUAUCUACAGCACAGCCCUAAACACUCGCCUGAAGAUUAAUUUGCCGAAGGAAAUUGCGCCAGUCGUUCUUAAGUUGGGCUUGCCAGCCACCUCGAUCGGAGCAUUUAUAGGGGCCUUGGGUUCAGGAGACUCGGCCGCUGUAGCCAAUGUCCCUGGAGUCACCCCAGCGAUCAUCGAAGCGGGCGUCAAGGCCUUCAAGCAGGCAUUUGCAGACUCAAUCCGAGUCGUCUACAUCAUAGCCGCACCAUUUGGCGUCGUAGCGAUGGUUCUGGCAGUUUUCCUGGGGUCUAUGCGCGACACCAUGAACUACGGUGUAGAUGCGCCGAUAGAAGAGCUCCACGCUAAACACCGCCACCGAGAGGCUGAACACAGCGCCUAG